AAGAAACGGCCCGACCACGGUGGUUUGUUUGGCUGCUGGGAUUCCUGAAACAUGUGAGGAGGGGGAAAAAAUGGCGUCUGGUACCAGCAGCAGAUGAAAGAUGGACACUGAGGCGAUCUCUACAGGCAAGCUGAGGAUCCGCCCGACUGUCAGAGCGCCUUUAACUUUGCUCCCUCCGUUGAUGCAGAGUCACACUCCUCUUCCCUCCUGUGCCCAACAGCCAUCUCUCAACCCUCCGCUCGCGCAGGAAUCCGUCUCCGCUCUCUAAUCCUCAGAUCACAAGUGCUGUUUAUCUGUAUUCCUCGCCCUUUUGUUUCUUUGUUGUUGUUGUUUUUUUUCUUCCCACCCCUCUUCGCUGCAGCAUGAGCGCUGAAUGCAGCAGUUACUACAACACAGACGGUGUGUUCGUGGCGGCUUUCUCCUGCCCCAAACCCGGCAGCGCUGCCUUUGCCGUCUACUGUUGCGGCUUUAAUGAUGUGAAGUAUUGCUGCGAUGAUCCCAACAGCUUUUUCCCCUACGAGUAUGGAUACAUGUGGUGGCUAAGUAUCGGUGCUCUUGUAGGUCUAUCAAUCGCAGCCGUCGUGCUCCUCGCCUUCCUCAUCACCGUCUGCGUCCUCUGUUACCUUUUCAUAGCCACCAAACCCAAUCGCCUUGACAACGGCCUGCCCCUCAGAGCACCAGCCGGAGACCCCAACGAGGGACCCAGCCAAGGGAGAGCGGCCGGUGGUUCCGGUCCGCAGGGGUUCCGAAAACACAUGAUGAACAGGAAAGUGGACUCUGACAACGAGCCGUCGGACCCGGAGCGGCUUUUCCAGCGCUGUUUCACCGCUACGGUCACAAGCGUGAAAGUCGAAAGCCCCACAUAGGCCUCCGAAAAACUUGCCUUUGAGGGGAAAAAAAAAAAGAAAAAAAGAGAAGCAGUUGGUAUGUCACGGCUCAGGAAGGCAGGCGAACCCGGACACAGUCAGAGCUGCCAGCGAGCCGCCCUGAGCGGGAGGACCACGGCAUUAGCCGACAUCAUGUGCCGCACGCUGUAGUCAUGGUGGCAGAGUGGAGCAAAUUGUUGGGUUUUUUUCAAUUAUUUGGAGUGAAAACAAGCAGAAAAGGAAAAAAAAUCACUCCCAUUGCCGUAGAGCACUCCUGGCACAGUGACUGAAAUUUUGUUCCAUUUUAAGUGGAAAUGGUUGAUCUUUCCUCUUCACAGAAGUGAUUGCCGACAGUAUGUUUCUCCCUGUGAGAGCCGGAUGAUGACACGGUGGCGAAGGGACUGUGGAGACGCACGGAAAUGAAAACAGGAUGUGAGUUUUCAGUGUUAAGUCAGACCCUUGUGACACUUGGCGCUGCCGAUUUGAAGCAGUGUCAUCUCAGGAAUGCAAGGACUGGAGUGGGCUGCUGGUUUCUUCACAUGCCCACUGUGACGUGUCGUUACAUUUAAAUGGCAGACGCCCUUUCUCCACCCAUCAGUCAACUUCUUUUAUCAGCGAUCAAAAAUGUUUUUCUCAGCAGAAGACAAAAGUCUCCUUGAACAUGUCUAAUGACAUUAAAAGGUUUUGUGUGAUGUUACAGUUUGUGACAGUGUGUAUUUCAGCUCUAAUCACGAGGCGAUGAUGUAAAAGGUCAGCUGACAGCACUGUGAACGAGCAAACGAUUGAGAGACUUGAGUAAAGCGAACAACAGCCUCAGAGCUCUGGCUGAACUGGUGCUGUGCUUCAAGACAGUCUUUCCCCUGAGCGGGGGGAGAUGUGAGCUCUGACUGUAGCCAUUAGAAAGCAGGCGGAGUAAGUAUUGAACUCGUUAGUGUUGUGCAAUCAAAAAAGGAUAAGUCAGAAAAUGAGUUAAGCUGUCAAGACACGGGAGGCCAUUACAAGUGUUCGGCUUGCCGAAGUGGGUGAAUCUUCAUCAUUGCAGACUGAACGUCUGCAUAUCGUGUUAUGGGUUUAACUUAACCUGGUUAAGUUGCUCUUUUUGCAAAGCAUUGCUGCAAAUUUCCUUGCAGUCUCCUUUGCAUUGGUGUAAAGGAUUUUGACAAUUUGCUCUCAAUCAAACCUACCUGGUAAAAUAAAGGUUUAAUUAAAAUCCAUAACAUUCAUAACCCUUUUUACCACUUCUUCCAUAUCAAC